AUGGAGACAUUGCUGUGUCAAAUUGAAUGUUGUCUUAACUCACGGCCAUUGGUACCUCUCAGCGACGACCCGUCAGACCUAGAGCCACUCACUCCAGGACACUUCCUUGUUGGUGGCAAUCUGAAGGCGGUUCCUGAUAAAAACUACGAGGAGGUGACAAUGAACCGACUCAAACGCUAUCAAGUAGUGCAGAAGAUUCUACAGCAGAUAUGGAGACGAUGGAGCGCUGAAUAUCUAAGCAUCCUGCAGCCUCGAUCGAAAUGGCUCAAGGCACCAGUGAGCAUUGAGAUCGGACAACUUGUGCUGGAGAAGGAUGAUUCUACAAGUCCGUUCCAUUGGCCUAUCGGCAGAAUCAUCAAGCUUCAUCCCGGUGCUGAUGGAGUCACGAGAGUCGUCACAUUGAAAACUGCUUCCGGUAACUACAUCCGUCCUGUUGUAAAGCUGUGCCUUCUCCCUAUACCAGUGAGUCAGAACUCCCCGAACGGGCUGGAAAAGAAGCCGCGCAACAACAACAGCGACCUAGUGCAGGCCUAG